AUGACAUUAAGACGUUUCCAGCACAAUCCCUUUGUUGCGGAAAAAAGACUUUUAUUUCUUCAACAUAAAGAGAACAUUGGUCUUGUUCUUGUUGGGACUGAUAAAACCGAAAAUGAUAUUGCAGACUCUAGUGGAAAUUUUGCGCAUAUUUCUUUAAUUCGACCACUCGGACCAUACGGUUGGGAUUUACUGAAAACUAUUGACGAUAAAAUUUCCUCGACCAACGUCAAUGGAGAUAUUGUCGACGGCAUUUUUGUGGGAGUCAAUCAUCUUAUCAAAGUGACGAAGAAUCUUAAGGGCAAUCCCAGUAGACAUCUACUUAUCCUGAGUAAUUUGAAAGGACAAGUGGAUUGUGGACAGUUUGAGGAAGUCAUUGAAAAUUUGAAGGAGGCAGAUGUUAAAAUUGAUCUUAUUGGGCUAAAUAUUCAAGAAAUGAAAUACAUAAAACAGGAAGAAGACGCUCCCGAGAAAGAUCCUCAAAAACAGGUCUCUUCUUUCGGGAAACUUCUGGAUGCUCUUAAGGGAACGAGUUUUAGCUUUCAGGAAGCGAUUGAGAGUGAAGGCAUGUGUUUUCUGGAGCGUACAGCGUCUACCGCGAGACCAUGGAAAGUUGAAAUAACAAUCGACGGGACAGAUCUCCAUGUACCCCUUCAAGGUCACCAUAUUCUGCAUUCAGUACGACCUCCAUCGCUUCAUCCUCUUCUCAUUGGUGGCUCAGAUCCGAGUCCCAGUUCUACUUCUGAUAUCAUUGCUGUCAAUACAUAUCAUCUUCUUGAUGAAGCUCAAACUGAAGUGGAUGUUGCCGAUACGGUUCUAGAGUUUACCCUGAUGGUUGGCCAUCGCCAGACUGGCAAACUUCCAUUUGGUGGUCUUAAAUUUUUCAGAAGUGCACUUCGCGAAUACGAUAUCGGCUGA